AAUAGUUUAGAGUUUAGCACACUAUAUGUUCACACGUUCUGAGCAGCUGCUAUUAUAAAUGUACACACCCCGCUCUCAUUCUCUUACAACUUGUUUUCCACUCACCCCUCUCUCACUCUCUCUCUCUCUCUCUCUCUCUCUCUCUCUCUCUCUGUGUAGAGUUUUCUCAACUUUUCUACAAAAUCAAAAGAAAUAAUGGGUGGAAAUUCGCCGUGCGCUUCAUGCAAGUUGCUCCGACGCCGGUGUGCCAAGGACUGUAUCUUUGCGCCUUAUUUCCCCUCCGAUGAUCCUCACAAGUUUGCCAUAGUUCACAAGGUCUUCGGUGCUAGCAAUGUUAGCAAAAUGCUUCAGGAGCUUCCGGUUCAUCAGAGAGCAGAUGCAGUGAGCAGUAUAGUGUACGAAGCAAAUGCAAGGAUGAGAGACCCAGUUUAUGGAUGUGUUGGGGCUAUCUCUUACCUUCAAAACCAAGUUUCUCAGCUUCAAAUGCAGCUUGCUGUUGCUCAAGCUGAAAUACUCUGCAUCCAGAUGCAGCAAGAGCCUAAUAAUAUUGUUGUUCAAAACCCACAGAUUGAACAAGACCCACCGGAUCAUCAUCAUCAUAAUGAUAUUAUUGAUGAGGAAAAAUCUUAUCAUCUCCAAAACAACGUCAACCUUCCUCAUCAGUACCUUAAUUUUGCUUCUUCUAGUAGCAAUGUGAUCCAUGAUUCUCUCAAAAGAGAGAGCAUCUUCGGAUAUGACAUGGUUUCAUAAUAAUAAUAAUGUUUUGUUUUUC